AUGAGCGACAACGACGCUUUACUAGCCCUCCGCCAGGCGGUCAAAUCCAAGGAAACUAUAACAUUCGCGAAAGACGGGCAGUCUUGUCAAACCCUCCUCGACGCGACGCAUCUCGUUCUCUCUUCCACAUGCACACUCCACAAGUCAACACCAACAAGAUAUCGUCGGCCAGCGGCUCAAGACUUUUUCACACUCGAGGCUCUCUAUCUAGCGUGGCAGCUUCAAAAUGCGUCCGGUGCGGACUACAUGAAACAAGCCCGAGAUAGCGGGUUGGCGGUCGGGUUCGUCAGUGUAACGGAGAGGAAGAAUGUCGUGGACUGGUUGGAGGGGAGAACAACCGAGAAUGAGAGAAUAGUACCCCUCACAGACACUAACACACCACCGGGCACGCCUCCUCCUUCCACUAAACCAUUGCCUGCGACACCGCACAGGGCCAAUGCGGUUGCUUCGACUUCGACGUCCGUAAAACGCCGUUAUGUUCCUGACGCAAGAGAUGCGGAGGCCGUUAAAAAAAUCAAACAGCACGAAGUUGAAUUGAGGGACCGCAAUUCAGUACUAAGAGGCGGCAAACCCAACAACUUUUCAAACAUUCGUCUGGCUUAUGCCGACAAACUCAAAAAGAUGAAGGAGGCCAGUCGGUCAGGUAGCUCGGCAGCAACUGCGCCAGAAGCUCGCUCCGUGGUCAGAAAACCCCGGAAUAACUUCCCUAUCAUAAUGAUAUCUUCCUCACCUACGGCCCUCAUCACGAUGCACAAUGUCAAAAAGUUCUUACAGGAGUCUACCUUUGAACCGUCACAGGAUGCCCGACAACGAGCGAUGUCAGAGGGCAAUUCUCGACCAGAGGACAUGAUUGCCAUUUACCGCAAACGAACUACUAUCGACACGUCUGGCAAAGAACACGAAUCACAUGUGCGCUACUUUAUCGUCGACAGCGUUGAAGCUUUGGGGAAGUUUGGCCCUGACGCUUGGGAACGUGUUGUGUGCGUUAUGACGACUGGCCAAGCAUGGCAAUUCCGUCCAUACAAAUGGAACGAGCCCAUACAACUCUUCCAUCAUGUCAAAGGAAUCUACUUUUCUUGGUCAAACGACCCACCAAAUCCGAAAAUCAAGGAUUGGAAUGUUACUGAGCUCAAGAUCGAUCCGAUGAGACGCCACGUCGACAAGUCAGUCGUCGCUCAUUUUUGGAAAAUCUUGGACACCUGGACGACGGCGAACAAGCCAGGGCUGAUGAGUGGCUAA